AUCCAUCCAUCCAUCCCUACCUCCCCUCAUCAUCAUCCCAUCCCGUAUGUCCGACAGGAGCGGCGGCGUUGACCGGUGCGGUGACUCACACGGUGUCCACGGCAGUUAUAUGCUUUGAGCUGACAGGCCAGAUCUCCCACAUCCUGCCCAUGAUGGUGGCAGUCAUCCUGGCCAACAUGGUGGCCCAGGGCCUGCAGCCCUCCCUGUACGACUCCAUCAUCCAGGUCAAGAAGCUGCCGUACCUGCCGGAGCUCGGCUUUGGACACAUGAGCCAAUACAACAUCUUUGUUGAGGACAUCAUGGUGAGAAAAGUGAACUUCAUAUCCUCUCAGUCCACCUACAGAGAAGUCAAACUCCUGCUGGACUCCUCCUCACUCAAAUCAAUCCCACUGGUCGACUCAAAAGAGUCUAUGAUCCUGCUGGGCAGCAUCGACAGGCUGGAGCUUCUGGCUCUCUGUGAUUGGUGGUUGUCACCGGACAGGAGGCUCCUCAUGCAGGAGCAGAGCCAGUCUCAGAAACACAGCUGGGAGUCCUUCGCCUUCGUGGAUGAGGAGGAAGAGGAGGAGGAAGGAGAGAAGGGCAGUCCAGUGCAGGAGGAGAGGAACGGCCCCCUGUCUCCUCCAAAAACCCAGGAACCGUCCUUUAACCACACUGCUCCUGUUCCCGUUUCAGAGAUAACGUGAUAUUUCCAGGGUUAUUCUCUACUCGA